GUAUUUGGGCAAUCACCUACUCAGUCUAGACAUUCUGAACAAUUCGUUUACGUGGUGUUGGUCAUAUCGACCAGAAAGAAAGAUAAUUUUUGAACAAAAUUAUUCACCAGUUCACCAGAACUAAAUCAUUCCAUUGAUUAAUUUCAUCAGCCAACAUGACGUCAUUGAAGAAAGAGGAAAUUCUUUUGCUGUUUGAUGUCGAUGGAACACUAACUCUACCACGUUCCAAUAUCACUCCGGAAUUUGAAGAAUUCGUGUACACCCAAGUUCAGCCUAGAGCAACCAUUGGUAUUGUGGGCGGCUCGGACUUAGAGAAAAUGUUUGAACAACUGAAUGGCCGUAAAAUUCUUGAAAAGUUCGACUUUGUAUUUCCUGAAAACGGCCUGGUGCAAAUAGAAAAGGGGCAAGAAAUGGGUAAACAAAAUAUUGUUAAACACUUGGGAGAGGAUACACUACAACGUUUCAUCAAUUUCGUAUUGCGAUAUCUGUCGGAACUAAAGUUGCCCUUUAAGAGAGGAACAUUUUUGGAGUUUCGUAAUGGCAUGAUGAACGUUUGCCCAAUUGGAAGGCAAUGCUCAAGGGAGGAGCGUAAUACAUUUGCAGCUUAUGACAAAGAACAUCAAAUUCGCAGCAAAAUGAUUGCAAUUCUUAAAAAAGAGUUUGCCGAUGUGGAUUUGACCUACAGUAUAGGAGGACAAAUAAGUUUUGAUGUCUUCCCCAAGGGCUGGGACAAGACAUAUUCAUUACGUUACAUCGAGGCUAAUCACAAGUUCAAAGAAAUUCAUUUCUUUGGAGACAAAACGGAACCCGGUGGCAAUGAUUACGAGAUAUUUAUUGACCCACGUACAAUAUCCCACAAGGUAGAAUCACCAAAUGAUACCAUGCGCAUUUUGCAAGAGUUGUUAGGAAUAAGUUAGUACCAAACGUUCCUUAAAAAAUUCAUGUAAAAUAUUUGUUUUUCUGUUUUAAUAAAAAUUGUUUUCCUAUUGCCUAA